AUGCCAGAGCUGCGAAGCAGUGCUCGUCAAGCACGCCUGAGGUCUAAGAAGCUCGACGAUCUGCAGCCAGGAGAGCCGCCUGCGAAACCGGUGCCACCUGCUCCGCAGAGGGCAGCAAAGCGUGCUCCUACACGUGCUGCUAGGGGCAGAAAGGGUGCCGCUGGGAGAGGAACGCCUCCCGCACCGAAGCCUAGAAGAAAGGGGGUUGAGAUUGCCGACUUAGAAGCUGAUCCAGCUUGUGAAGACCCCCCUAAAGCUGUCAAGAGACUGGAAGUUGCCCCUAAAGCUGUCAAGGGACUGGAAGUUGCUGCUGCUGCACCCAAGAACCUUCCUUUGAAGAAGGUAGCCAAGGUUGGUGUUCUGAAAAUGGAUGGUGAAAGUGCGGAGAAGAUUGUUGGGGCUGAAGAUGAAUCGACAGCCACACCUGUGCCAGAGAGGGUUCAAGUAGGUAAUUCUCCAGAGUACAUAACUGACAGGAAGUUAGGUAAAGGUGGUUUUGGUCAGGUCUAUGUUGGCCGAAGGGUUUCUGGUGGAAAUGCUCGAACUGGUCCUGAUGCAUAUGAGGUCGCAUUGAAAUUCGAGCAUCGGAACAGUAAAGGAUGCAAUUAUGGCCCCCCAUACGAGUGGCAGGUUUAUAACACUCUCAAUGGUUGCUAUGGCAUACCAUCGGUCCACUACAAGGGUCGUCAGGGCGACUACUAUAUACUUGUAAUGGAUAUGCUGGGUCCCAGCCUUUGGGACGUGUGGAAUUCAAUGGGGCAGACGAUGUCUGCAAAUAUGGCUGCUUGCAUUGCUGUAGAAGGCAUAUCGAUUCUUGAGAAGCUCCAUUCUAAAGGGUUUGUGCAUGGUGAUGUGAAACCAGAAAAUUUUCUGCUUGGUCAGCCUGGAUCUCCUGAUGAUAAGAAGCUUUACCUUAUAGAUCUUGGUUUAGCAUCCAAGUGGAGAGAGAAUAAUGGUCAUCAUGUUGAUUAUGAUCAGCGGCCUGAUAUCUUUAGGGGAACAAUUAGAUAUGCGAGUGUCCAUGCUCAUUUGGGGCGCACCGGUAGUAGGAGGGAUGAUUUAGAGUCACUGGCAUACACCCUUAUUUUCCUGAUAAGAGGAAGAUUGCCUUGGCAAGGCUAUCAGGGGGAUACCAAGAGUUUCCUUGUUUGCAAGAAGAAAAUGGCUACUUCUCCAGAGAUGCUUUGUUGUUUCUGUCCAGCUCCAUUCAAACAGUUUCUUGAGAUUGUCACAAAUAUGAAAUUUGAUGAAGAGCCAAAUUAUGCCAAGCUUAUCUCUCUUUUUGAUGGUUUGAUUGAAGCACCCGCCUCGAGACCAAUCAGGAUUGAUGGGGCUCUCAAGGUUGGACAGAAACGCGGAAGAUUGCUUGCAAAUCUAGAAGAAGAUGAACAACCUAAAAAGAAGGUUAGAUUAGGGAGCCCGGCGGCUCAAUGGAUUUCAGUUUAUAAUGCUAGGCGGCCCAUGAAGCAGAGGUACCAUUACAAUGUGGCUGACUCAAGGUUAAGUCAACAUAUAGAAAAGGGCAAUGAUGAUGGGCUUUACAUUAGUUGUGUGGCAUCCUCGGCAAACCUUUGGGCACUCAUCAUGGAUGCAGGAACUGGUUUCUGUUCUCAAGUUUAUGAGCUCUCACCAGUUUUUCUCCACAAGGACUGGAUAAUGGAGCAGUGGGAGAAAAGUUACUACAUAACAGCAAUUGCUGGAUCAACCAAUGGGAGUUCAUUGGUUGUCAUGUCCAAAGGAACUCCUUACACUCAGCAAUCAUACAAGGUUAGCGAAUCAUUCCCUUACAAGUGGAUCAAUAAAAAGUGGAAAGAAGGGUUUCAUGUAACGUCUAUGGCCACUGCUGGAAAUCGCUGGGGAGUAGUCAUGUCAAGAAACUCAGGGUUUUCUACUCAGGUUGUAGAGUUGGAUUUCCUGUACCCGAGCGAAGGCAUCCAUCGGCGAUGGGAGAGUGGUUACAGGAUAACUUCCACAGCGGCCACCAAUGACCAAGCUGCUUUCAUCUUGAGCAUGCCAAAGCGGAAGCCGAUGGAUGAGACACAAGAAACCCUCCGGACCUCUGCCUUCCCCAGCGCACAUGUCAAGGAGAAAUGGGCGAAGAAUCUCUAUAUAGCUUCGAUCUGCUACGGACGAACCGUGUGCUGA